CCGCCUCAGCGCCUCGGCCAAGUUCACGGCAUGCCGGGAACUGUAGUUCCCGGCGCCUGAGAGCGCGGCGCUGUGGUGAUGGGCACCCGGGGCUGGUCUGACAGCAGCAGCUCCGCGGGGCGCCAGUUCACGCGGCCCCGUCCGGUGCUCCGCACCGCACCUCCAGGACGCAGCGUCCCUUUUGCCUCAACCCUCUCGCCCCGCAGGGGCCGGCCGCGCAGGCGGGGGCGGGCCUCUGAGUGGUGCGGCCAAUGGGGACCGCGCUUGCAGGCCAGGGCGUGGCGGCCCCGGCGCGACGCCCCGAGUGGCGGUUGUUUCAAGAUGGCGGACGUGGCGGGCCCCUCCUGCCCCGGCGUCGCGGCGUUCUGGAGCCGGGACUUUUCUGAUGAAGAACAAUCAGUAGUGUACGUUCCAGGAAUUUCUACUGAAGGAAAUGUCAGAUCAAGACACAAGCUGAUGAGUCCAAAAUCUGAUGUUAAACUUAAGACUUCCAGGGCGACCGAAGCUUUAGUCUCCAUGGAGUCCUUAAAAGGCGCAGGAGAUUCAGUAAAUGAACAGAAUUCCUGCAGGGGAGAAAUAAAGAGUGCAUCACUGAAGGAUUUAUGUCUUGAAGACAAAAGACGCAUUGCAAACUUAAUUAAAGAACUGGCCAGAGUAAGUGAGGAAAAGGAAGUGACAGAGGAAAGACUGAAAGCGGAGCAGGAGUCCUUUGAGAAGAAGAUCAGGCAGUUGGAAGAACAGAAUGAACUGAUCAUCAAAGAAAGGGAAGCUCUUCAGCUACAGUACAGAGAAUGCCAAGAACUUUUAAGCCUCUAUCAGAAAUAUUUAUCAGAACAACAAGAGAAGCUUACCAUGUCUGUCUCAGAACUUGGUGCUCCUAGAAUGCAGGAACAGCAGGUAUCCAGUAGGAAAAGCACUCUCCAGUGUUCAUCUGUGGAACUGGAUGGUUCCUACUUGAGUGUAGCCAGACCACAAACCUGCUAUCAAACCAAGCAAAGACCUAAGUCUGCGAUCCAGGAUUCAGCUUCAGAAUCCCUUAUAGGGUUUAGGAAUAAUUCUUUGAAACCAGUAACUCCUCGUCAUCCCAAAGAUGAUCUAGAGAAGAUACCAUCAGAGACCAGAACAUGUAAUUAUGAAUCUCCAGGGAGAAAACCAGUAGAAGCAGUCCUGACAGAGAAAAUGCCCCAAGAAGAAUUGCAGAGAAAGGAAUGUCGACACCUUAAGCCUAUUCCUAGUCAGUGCUGUGGUCGCAGACUUGCUGCAGAUCGUGUUCGUGAGAGCCACCCUAUGAACACGGCCUCUCAAUAUCCUAAGACACAUCCAGAAUCAUGCAGUUAUUGUGGUCUUUCUUGGGCAUCUCUGGUGCAUGGUGGAAGGGUGCUACAACCCAGUGAAACUUUGAAAAAGCACAUCUCAGAAGAGAGAAGGCGGCAACUGAUGCUUCAGAAAAUGGAGCUAGAAAUUGAAAAGGAGCGCCUUCAGCACCUGCUGGCCCAGCAGGAGACAAAGCUUCUUCUGAAACAGCAGCAGCUUCACCAGUCUCGACUGGAUUACAAUUGGUUAAGAACUCAGGCUGUGUUUAAGUCAAGAGAACUGGUUGCUGAAAAAGAGCUUACUAAACCCCAAGAACUCAAACUGGAUGUGAAUGGCAGUGACUCUGGACCAAGUUCAUUAAAGUCAAACUGUAAUGGCUCGCUGCUUGGAACGUCAUCAUCCAUUAAAAAGUACCAAGACUCCCCAAACAGUGGAGAGAAUAGGAAGGAGAAGAAGACAGUUGGGUUUCAUUCGCAUAUGAAAGAUGAUGCCCAGUGGUCAUGUCAAAAGAAAGAUACACGUAGACCCCAAAGAGGGACAGCAACAGGAGUUAGAAAAGACGCGUCCACAUCUCCUCUGCCAACAGGAAGCCUAAAGGAUCUUGUCACCACAGCCUCACCAUCAUUACAGCACACCACCUCCCAGUAUGAGACAUCUUUGUUGGAUUUGGUUCAGUCUCUGAGCCCAAACUCUGCUCCCAAACCUCAGCGCUAUCCCUCCAGAGAAGCUGGGUCCUGGAAUCACGGUACUUUCCGACUCAGUCCUCCAAAAUCAACCCGGAAGAAGAUGGGGAUGCACAGGACCCCUGAAGAGCUGGAGGAGAAUCAAAUUCUGGAAGAUAUAUUUUUCAUUUGACAUACUGCAAAAUUUUCCUAGGAAAUUUGUGGGUGUCCUCUCAUACUGAUCUAGGAUUUUAAAUUAUUUCAUUGCAAAGUAA